UCCGGGCGACAGGGUACCAGCAGUAAACAUGGCGGAGGACCUGCUGGAAACAGUGGAUAGACUUCAGUCCCGGCUCCUGGAGAACCCGGAGCCUCGAAAGCUGCUGAAGACUUUGAAAAGACUGGGGGAACUUCCCAUGACAGUGGACAUACUGGUGGAAACUGGAGUGGGGAAGAUUGUGAAUUCUUUUAGGAAACACCAACUUGCUGGAGAGGUGGCAAAAGGUCUCGUUGCCAAAUGGAAGAAACUGGUUCCUCAGUCUGCAGACAGACCCACCAACAGCCACAUCAACGAGGCUCCACGCUCACACAAUAACUCUGAAGUCCCGGAGGCAGCAGGAGGCCACAGACGCACCCGGGAGCCCUCCCCGGAGGAAGCGCCCUCCUUCAUGGAAGAAGAGGAGGAGGAGGAGGAGGAGGAGGAAGAGGAGGAAGAGGAAGAGAGAGGCUAUCACACAAACUACUCGCCCUCUCCCCCCCACCAGGAGCAGUAUACCCCUCCACGGCGGGGAGGCUACCAGUCAGACGAGUGCGAGAGCCCCGAGCACGAACCUGAGCCCGAGCAUGAGCCGAGUCCUCCUCCUCCUCCUCCCCGAAAAGAUGUCCGCCACGUCAAACCAAACAAAGAACCAAUCAAAAAUCACCACCACGGGUCCCACAGCGACAGAAACAGGGACAGAGACGAGGAGCGGCGGCAACGCCAUGCAGAGAUGAGUAGUGAUCGAGGAGGAGGAGGAGAAGGAGAAGCCGAUGAAGCCGAUGAAGGGAGGAAACGCAGCGCCGACAGAGAGCGACAGCAGAGUCCGGUACAGAAGUCUGCAAAGCACAGCAGGAAGUCCACCACACAGGAGGGCAAGAGGGAGGAGAAGAGGGAGGAGAAGAAGAAGGGAGGAGAUGAGGGGCAACCGCGGGCGCCGAGGGAAACUCCGCCCAAACAGGAGGACGAUGACUUUGAGACUCCCACCAUGUCCUUCGAGUCUUUCCUCACAUAUGACGCCCCGACGCCCGUUAAGAAGAAGAAGAAGCCUUCAUCAUCCUCCUCCUCCUCACACAGUCGACCAUCCCACUCUUCCUCCACGUCGUCCUCCCAUCGCUCACGCUCCCCUCCCCCCACCCCCACCCCCACCUCUUCCUCCUCUUCAUCCAAAGGGAGCAAAGCUAACGGCACGCAGAGCAGCAAGAGGCAACACUCAGGCUCCAGCUCGGCUUCAACGGAAAAACGCAAGAGGGCGGCUGAGAUCCCUGCAUCUCUCCCUGAGAUCCCUCUGCCAGCCAUCCAGCCCAACUACAGACCUCUGCCCUCCCUCGACGUCACUCCGCUGUCGCCUCAGAGACGGAAAGUUCCUGUCAGCAACGAUGAGGAGGAUUCCGGCUUCACAGGGAAGAGAUUCAACUCUAAGAUGACGGUCUACUCGGGAUCAAAGACCGCCUACCUGCCCAGGAUGAUGACUCUGUAUGAGCAGUGCAUCCGCGUACUGCAGAACAACAUCGACUCCAUCGCUGAGGUUGGAGGAGUGCCGUUUGAGAUCCUGGAGCCGGUGCUGGAGCGAGGCACUCCGGAGCAGCUGUACCGCAUCGAGCAGAGCAACCAGUGGUUUACGGAGGAAUCUGACGAGCUGUGGAUGCGUCACUGUCAGCGGGACUUUAAGCGCGAGUCUCCUCAGGAGUACGAGUCGUGGAGGGAGAUGUACCUGAGGCUGCACGACGAGCGUGAGGAGCGCCUCAGGAUGCUCACCCAGAACAUCUCCUCCGCCCACGCCAACAAGCCAAAAGGGCGGCAGGUAAAGAUGGCGUUUGUGAAUUCUGUGGCCAAGCCGCCGCGUGACGUCCGCCGCCGCCAGGAGAAGUUCGGCACCAUCAGCGGUUCUUCAGCCUCCUCCACCUCAGCGGCCGCUCCCAUAAAAAUAAGACCAGCCACCAUAAACUACUCUGCAGAAUCGAUGCGCUCCUCUUCCUCCCAAUUUAACCCUUCUGCAGGCGCGUCCCGCUCCUCAGCAGCAGCAGCAGCAGCAGGUGGAGGAGGAGCAGGAGGAGGAGGAGGAGGAGGAGGAGGAGGAGGAGGACCUGCCGCCAAGGACAAGCCACAGGUCAAAAAAAUCGCCCCCAUGAUGGCCAAAACUAUCAAAGCUUUCAAGAACCGAUUCUCCCGCCGAUAGUGUGAAAGAGACUGAAUGUAUUUUAUCAAUUCCAACUGUGUUUUUAAUUUUUUAUUUAAGUUGAGCAAAAUUGUAAUGAAGACCCCUUCAUCCCAACACACACACACAUACAUAAGUAAAUACACACACCAUCAUCUUUACCCAUCGAACAUAUCAUAGGAACUUUUCAGUAUUGCUUGAAACAUGGUUAGUUUUUUUAAAUGAAAUGACGGUCGAGGUCUGUGUAAAAACAAUGAAGUCAACCCCUUUUUACAAGACGCAAAGGACACACACACACACACACGCACACACACGCACUUGCAAACACACAGUCUGUUACUUUUUCUUGUUUUCCAGCAAACUUUAAAAAAAGGAAUAGCUCCACUCCUUUUGGGAAAGACUAUUUUUCCUAGUAAACAAAAAGAUUGAUACCAUUCAGGACUGUAUGUUAAAUAUGAAGCUAGAACCAGGAGACGCUUAGCUUAGCAGUCUAACUGGAAGCAGGUGGGACACAGCUAGCCUUGAUCUUUACAAAGGUAACAAAGUUAGUUGGAAACUACUACUAUUUUUGUACAUAUUGAAAAACUGAGAUAGCUUCAUAUGUGGUGGUAGGGUAAUGCUGAAAUGCUAGCUGUUUUUCCCCGUUUCCAGCUAAUGGCUUUAGCUUCACAGUUUAGCAUACACAAGAUGAAGGAGUCGAAUAAUCUUCUUAUGUAACUCUUGGCAAAAUAUAAAUGAGCAUUCUCCUUCAACUAAAAUAGCAAACUUUUCUUCAUGGGACAGAAAACAAUACUGAUUCAUUGAUGUUUUAAGAUUAGCUGUUUUUAAUCACGAUCAAAUGGUACACUACAUGAGGAAAAACUUUAGGCUACAUACCGUUGAAUUUUUUUAAUCUUAAUUGCAUGCAUGGUGCACGUCAGCCGAGACAAAAACUGGCUUGUCAAAGACCCUGCUUUUUAAAAUCAAACAAACAGAUGCAUAUUUAAACGUUUCUUUGUGUAGGGCUUUACUGAUAUCAGUCAACUACACACACGCACACACAAACACAUUGUAGACUUAUUUUUAACCCUCCUGUGGCUUCAGAUCAUGUUUUCCUGCUGUUGAAUGUGUGUGUCCCUGUUGUUAAUAUAUGCACACUGUGACAAAUGGCUUGAGGGGGAGCUGAAGAGACUGCAGGAGAGAAGAAGAACAUCAAGCAAACACAACAAUGGGGAAAUUAUGUAAUAGGACGUCUGCAGCUUCAGUUUCUACAACAUGAUGAUGAGAUGUAUUUAUUUUCAACACUGGGACCUGGUACCCUACAACAUGGGCCCGAAUGGAAUUAGAUUAAAAAUUGUAAUUUUAUUAGAUUUUAAUAAAUGUUAUAUGGUCAUUUUUAUUAAAAUUGACUUUUUGCCCUUCA